AUGCUUGUUACAGCCUCCGAUUCGCUCAGUUCUCCCGGUGCCAAUCCCCUCUCCCUAGAACGGACCCACCUCCUGGCCCACUGGGCCUGCCGGCAACCAGCAAAAGAGCCAGUCCCACCCUCGCGACUGGCCGAGGUGGUCGCCAGACUCUGCAGCAGCAGCGCCAAUGCGUCCGCAUCCGCAUCCGCCUCCGCCGGCCCGCCUGACAUGUACAGCUCGAAAGGCCUCUCGACUGGCAACAACGGCCGGCCAGCAGGUAGCGCAGUCUGGCCGGCCGGAUUGUCCUUUGCCGACGUGGCCGGACAAGCCAUCUUGGCGGGUCGGCUCCAACUGGCCGAGCAGCUGGUAGACUACGAGCCUCGCGCCUGGCGUCAGGUUCAAUUGCUGCUGCGUCUUGAGCGCUUUCCGCGGAGCCUCGCUAGGGCCGUCGACUCGGGGGACCCGGAGCUGAUCGCCCUGGUUAUCUUCACCCUCAAGGAGCAAGUAGGAGGCCGUCGGACUUCAUUUACCUAUUUUACAUGCUAA